CCGUAUCUGGGAUUCUCCCGCUUACGUCAGGUACACCCGUAGUUAUAGAGGAAGCGCUCACUUCCGAGUACAGCAACAUGGCGCUGGAGCAUGCGCAUUACUCUAUUCUGUGGAGACGAGACCGAAGAGGUGAGACUUGUGCCGAUAUCGCCGUAAAUAACCUGAUACCUCAUAACUGGGUCUCUGGUGAGCCGGAUCGUCCUUCUCAUCCCCCACCAUGGAGGUGAACCCGGCCAGUGUGGUGUGGAGCCCGGACCUAGAGGCCGUGUCGCUCUCGGUGGCUGGAUUAGAGGUGAAGCUGGGGUCUCUGGUGACGCUGCUUCUACUGACCCUCAUUAGCGGCCUGACCCCCCUCUUCCUCUUCAGGCGCCAGGCGCCCCCCGACAUUCUGGGUGGUCGGCGCAGGGCACUCAGUCUGAUCAGCUGCUUCACCGGAGGAGUCUUCCUCGCCACCUGCCUGCUAGAUCUGCUGCCCAAUUAUCUCUCUGGGAUCAAUGACGCCCUCAUCAGGCUCAAUAUAACUCUUCAGUUCCCGCUGCAGGAGUUCAUCUUGGCCAUGGGCUUCUUUCUGGUCCUGGUCUUGGAGCAGAUUGUGCUGAGUUACCAGGAGCCGGCGGGGUGGACGGAGGAGACGCACUCCCUCCUGGGCACUGACAGCAGGAUCCCGCACCCGGAGCAGCCACACGUGCACGUGGAUGUGAAUGCUCACUCUGCAGUGCGGGCCGUGGUCCUGGUGCUGUCCCUCUCCUUACACUCGGUCUUGGAGGGUCUCGCCGUGGGGCUCCUGCAGGAGAGCGGGAAGGUGCUGGAGACCUGCCUGGCGCUCCUCAUCCACAAGUGCAUCGUCUCCUUCAGCCUCACCCUGAAGCUGGCGCAGGGCCGGCUCCGCCCCCGCGCUAUCCUCUCCUGCCUCCUCCUCUUCGCCUUCAUGACCCCUCUGGGCAUUGGCCUGGGCAUCGUGUCUACGGAGAAUGCCGACCCCCUACAUCAGCUGACCCGCAGCGUCCUGGAGGGCAUCGCCACGGGGACCUUUCUGUACAUCACCUUCCUAGAGAUAUUGCCCCAUGAGCUGACCGCCAGCGACCAGCGCAUUGUCAAAGUGAUCGUCAUCCUCUGCGGCUUCUCCGUCGUCACCGCCAUCUUAUUCGUCAAGAUCUGAUGGCUCACGGAUACAGUGCCCCCUCAUGGCUUGUGUCUUCCUGCCCCUUUAUAAAGAGCAAUUUCAGCAAACACCCCACCCCCAUGUGGACGAACAUAUAACACCAGCAGUAAUGACUGUAAUACUGCCCCCUGUGGACAAAAAUAUAACUACACCAGCAUAAACUAUCUUAAUGUGCCACUCUCCUUUUCUGCAGUAAAAGCUUCCUCUUGGCUUAAGAUCAGUGUUUCCCAACCAGGGAGCCUCCAGCUGUUGCAAAACUACAACUCCCAGCAUGCCCGGACAGCCAACGGCUGUCCGGGCGUGCUGAGAGUUGUAGUUUUGCAACAGCUGGAGGCACCCUGGUUGGGAAACACAGGCUUUAGAAAGUUUAGAGAGUUGCAGUACAAUUUGAUUUAGGGAUCUUUAGAUGUGCCAUGUCGCCACCUAGUGUUAGAGUUAAGGUGUUUCUUCUGCAUCUGAAGAUUUAUUAUACAAUUUUGCACAGAAUCUGCAUAGAAUUAUAUAAAUAGUUAAAGAGGAGGGGCCUCGGAUACCUACAGACUGCGUUGACCCUUCCUUCUUGUCGGGGGUGACCGUGCGCUGAUGCUUCACCCCUCGUAGGGUUUUUAUAUUUUAACUUUUUGUCAGUAUUAUGUAGUGAAUCUGCUUCUUUUGUUUUAUUUAAUCCCCGCCUUCAUUAUAAGCCCCGCCUUUUGUCGUUUGUGACACUAAUGGCGUUGCCGUCCCCUCGAUCCCCGAUUUAAAACCCUUUUUAGAUCUGCUGCCGGAUUCGCACAUUUGGUGGCCCCAGAAGCCACCGCUUUCAGGAUUGUACUAAUUGUAGAGAAGAUAAAUAUAUAUUUGUACAUGAGAGACCCUGGAGGCUGCGAGGGUCAUAUUUGUGGGGGACCUCAUAAGACUUGACCUUUAACCUCCCACGCUGGUGCCAGAUCUUCUUCUAUAUUUGAUAUGUUAAUGUAUUUUCUAGUGGCUUUUUUCGAUGACGUCUGCUUUUUUACGGUUCUUGCCUUUCUAUCAAUGUGAUCAUAUUUUGUACUCGGAUGCGUGUGCUAGAGACUUCAAAUAAAUAUCUAUCAUUUUCACUA